AACUUGGACGCCGUUAUCAGCUGUAGUCAGCUGAUAUCGCUGAUAUGUGACGGGUAUCAACGAACAUGGCGGAAUCCGCGAAUAACUCGGACGAUGACCGACUCUCGUGUAAAAUCUUGAUUAUUGGUGCUGGCAUGGCUGGAUUGUCGGCGGCGAAUCAUCUGUUGAAGAACAACGAGACGGAUUUCCUGAUCGUCGAGGCACGCGGACGAAUAGGUGGACGGAUUGUCGCUGCGCAAGUCGGUAACGACAGAGUUGAAUUAGGGGCAAACUGGAUCCACGGUGUGCUAGGAAAUCCCAUGUUUGAGCUGGCAAUGGCGAACGGCUUGAUAGACAUAGUACGUGUGCCUAAACCUCAUAAAGUAGUGGCGGCACUGGAGGACGGAAAGCAGUUGCCAUUUCCAGUGUUGCGCGAAAUCUACGAGGCUUAUGUGUGCUUUCUGAGACGAUGCGAGGAGUACUUCCUGAGCUCGUACAGUCCACCGGACGGAAUAAGCAGUGUAGGGGCGCACAUCGCGUUAGAAGCUGAGAUAUACCUGUCAUCUUUGCCUCCUGAACAAAGGAGAGUCAGGCAGUUGCUGUUUGACUGUCUGCUCAAGAGAGAAACCUGUGUCACGGGAUGCGACACCAUGGACGAGGUGGAUCUCUUAGAGAUGGGCUCCUAUGACGAGCUUCAAGGUGGUAAUAUUAGUCUUCCAGACGGCUACAGCGCUAUAUUGGAGCCGGUUGCGAAGCACAUACCGAAGAAUUGUAUUCUUACCAAACACGUUGUGACGAAGAUUAGGUGGCAGAAACAGAAGCGUUCCAGCAUUAGCGGCGACUCCACGGAAGAGCUCGAUCCUAAAGCGAACAACCUCGUAGAAGUAGAAUGUGAGAACGGACGGACGAUCAGGGCGGAACACGUGGUUUGUACGUUGCCGUUGGGCGUUUUAAAAAGGACAGCUCAGGACAUGUUCGAACCGUCGUUACCCGCUCACAAACUCGAGGCGAUAGACAGACUGAUGUUUGGUACAGUGGACAAGAUAUUCCUCGAGUACGAGCGACCUUUCCUAAAUCCCAGUGUGUCGGAAGUGAUGCUUCUCUGGGACGACGGGCGACUGUCCGAGGUAGAGAAGGGGGAUCUAAGCAACACUUGGUACAGGAAGAUCUAUUCGUUCACUAAGAUCACGGACACGCUGCUGCUCGGCUGGAUAUCCGGUCGCGCGGCCGAAUACAUGGAGAAACUCAGCACAACGGAGGUGAUGGAAGUGUGCACGACUAUCUUGCGGAAAUUUCUCAACGAUCCCUUCGUGCCGACUCCGAAGAACUGCCUGCGCACCUCGUGGCACUCGCAACCGUACACGCGAGGCUCCUACACCGCGAUGGCCGUCGGCGCCAGCCAGUUGGAUAUCAGGAGCUUGGCGGAGCCUCUAGUACGGCAGCGGACGAAAGAGGAUGGAGGAGGCGAGAAGGACGGAGCGGAUAGGGUUUUGAUAGCGUUCGCUGGCGAACAUACCCACUCGUCGUUCUACAGCACGGUGCACGGGGCAUACUUGACCGGUCGUACGGCCGCCGAGUUGCUGUUGGGCACCAAGCCGGGCGAGAAGCAGGCGCUGAAUCUUAGCUGUGAGGAGACCAGCGAUCUCAGCUCGUGGAUACAAGGCAUCUCCCUGAAUUAAUGCGCACCUCUUACCUUGUCAAGGAACAAACGUACUCGCAUGUACGUUCAGGCGGUUAGGCCUUAAUCGUGGACGUUCUUAGACACGUUGUAUUUUUAGCGGCUAUACAUACGCGAGAUUUACGUUUCGCGCGACUCUACAUUUUCGUUUUGUAAAUAUAUCGCGCAACGAGCCACUUACGUCACACACACAUACGCAAUAUCGUGUACAUAACGGUGCUUUUUGAAACUUCAAGACAUUCACGAGCGAUGAUGUGCAUUUAUCGUGCUGUUUUUAACGCGUGUAUUUCGUUUCGUUGGCGAGUCGAAGUAAGAUAGUGACAUCGAGACGUGUCACAGGCUGUCACGAAGAUAUCACAGAUGAAAUUCGAACGGGAAACGUUUCGCUAUAAACGUUAAAUACGGUUCUUAGAGGCUUAAACGCGAAAAGGAAUAGCGUAAUUAUACUUUCAUUGACACACACCAUUUUUAAACGUUGACAUUUACACAAUCAUACUGAGAAGGAUCACCUGUUGACCGUAAAACUUGUCAGUGUCUGGUUAUUAUUAAAUAUUUAAUUGUUUACUGCCAUAUAAUAAUUAUAUUGCGCACUGAUAAUUACGGUAAGGAUUAUUAUUUGCCAUUCCUUUUUACGUUUGGCCACGUUUCCUCCAAAGACGCUGGGUGAGAUCGACGAUUUCCGUUAUCCGGAAAUGACGGCGCAAACGUUCUUGCGUGUUCACCCAAGCGUUUAUUUUAUAAAGUUGGACGAAUUUAGUACAAUUAGUUGUUCGCUAAACCGAUGUAGAUAAAUAUAUUACUAAGUCCAGUCGAAUCCGAGGUUAGCCUAAACAAUUUUUCAAUAUUUGCGCGUGAUAUUUCUAACAAUUAUUCUUUACGUAGGCGAUAUCUUACGUGUAUGUAUAUAUUACGUAUAUGUCCUACGUAAAGAAUGCACAUGCAUAUACAGCGAAUUAGUAGUGAGAUUUGUAAGGAAGUCGAAGAAGAGCGCAUCAUUUGGUGAUUUUCACUGUCGACCCUUCUCGUACGCGUCUACUCGCUUGCUUGACUUCUUUAUUAUCACUUAUUACACGUCGUACUUAUUAUUUAGCGAAGAGAGAUUCCGUCAUGGAUAAACAUUAAUCUCUAGUCAUUGAAUUUGAAAUAAAUAUGAGAGAAAAUGCAUUUGAUAAAUAA